AUGAUUCCACGACUGAGCCCGGUCCCAGCUCUUCCUGAACCCUUUGGGCCACACAAAGUCGGCACCACCGAAUGGGAGAUUCCUGUCUCUGAAAUUCCCUCGUCGUCGCCAAUCCCGGAGCGCAAAAUCACAACCAUCAAGUUUCGCCUGUUUUAUCCCACAACACCAAAAGCAAAAUCAAAGACGUCAGUUCCCUGGCUCCCAACACCGCAACGAGAAUGGAACCAGGCAUAUGCGACUUUUCUCGGGGCCGGCCCUCGAGUCUCAUCGCUCAUCUCACUCAUACCGUUUUUGAUCAAUAUGACCAACAUCCCAGCAAUAGCAGACGCACCACUAUUACCGAGGGAGGCGUCCUCUGGGUAUCCUCUGGUAAUCUUUUCCCAUGGGUUGGGAGGGAAUUUCAAUGCCUACAGCGCAGUGUGCACUGCUUUGGCCAGUUUUGGGAUUGUGUGUGCGGCCCCCGAGCAUCGCGAUGGCAGCGCCCCUGUUUCCCCGAUCCGCUCAGCUGACGGGCGCAAAUCCACCACAAUCCCCUAUCAAAGACACCCUCACGCUCCCACCACCAAAGUCCUCAAUGCUCGCAACGCGCAGCUGAGGAUACGGCUGUGGGAGCUGGAACAGUUAUUCACCGUCCUGACAAAUUUCAAUAGCGGCGUGACCUUCUCCAACUAUGCUGCGGCGCGGAGCAAAUCGAAGGCGGGCCCGUCAUUAAAAGACGCUCUUGAUCUGCGACCUGGCCGCGUAACGUGGGCAGGCCACUCUUUCGGUGCCUGUACCACUGUCCAGUUUGUUAAAUCAGUCUAUUAUCACGAAUUCCUACCCUCGCUCAAAGGUACCGAGUUCGAAAAUGACUUGGACUGGCGUCCUCUCUACAAGCCGGCCGAUGACGGUGAGCUGGUCAGGCAAAUCACACCAGAGUCACCCGUCAUCUUGCUCGACCUGUGGGCCAUGCCUUUGCGGGCCGGAUUGACUAAAUGGCUCUGGGAAAAGCCUCUGCCAUGUUACCACCGCAAAACGACCGACAGGGAAAAUCACCCCCCCACGAACGUCGUCGCAAUCAUUUCUUCCGAAUUCUACAAAUGGCCCGAACUGCUGAACCGGAUGAAGGCCACGCUGUCCGCAAGCCCCCCCGAGGCCAUAUACACGCUGGAGAAACGCGAAGCUGCUAGAUCCUCCAAGCCUCAGCAGAAGUCGGAACCGCAGCUUGUGGCAACGCCUGGAGACAAGGUUCCUUCAGAUGCACAAGAGCCAGAGACCACCUCACGUCGAGGAUUUGAAGCGAAUCGGGGUGUAGAUCUAGAAUCAGAUGAUGGAGAUGAGCUGUUCAUAACGCCUUUCGCGACGCCUGGAGAUGAGUUUCCAUUGGGCAAGAUGAUGACAAACAGACGUAGCGGGUUUGAAGCAUGGAGGGGAGGAGGGUUAGAAGCGCAAGGCAUUGACAUAGAUGUGGGGAGAGAAAUCGACCAAGAUUCACUGAGUGAAGCGGUCAGGCAGCCACUGCCAGACUCAGAGCCAGAAGAUGACGACGACGACAUAUUAUCUGGAAGCAUCGAGCUGGAUUCACAAGUAGACGAAGCGGCAGAGGCGGAGGCAGAUCCGGAAAUCGCCUCAGCAUCUCGAUCAUCCACAUCCAGCGACGUCACAACCUCCUCGACCGCCUCGCCGUCGGACUCGACAUCCUCAUUGUCAACACCGGCCUCAUCCGCACAACCCAGCCGCACUUCCUCACCGUCGCCCACUUGCGACAGCGUCUCCAGCACAACCUCGGUCUCCAACGUCAACGCCACUACCACCUCCGUGAACGAUGACGACCCUGACAAAUUCAACCUAUCCUUCUCCCCUUUCUCACUGCUCCCAUUAGACCUCCCCAAACUUUCCGUCGCUCCGAACCCCAAUACGCCAUCUCCCUUAGAUCCUCACCUCUACCUAGUCCCCAACACCGCACACUUGUCACAGUCGGAUUUCGGCGUCCUCUUCCCAAACCUGACGAGGUAUCUCAUGAACGCCGAGUCUCCGGUUGAGGCCAUCAGGUUGAACGUCCGCGCGAUGUUGGCCGUCAUGAGAAAUGUCGGCUUGGAUAUUGAGGGCUAUUUCGACGAUUGUGUCCGCGAGAAGACAGAGGUCAAGGUUCCACCUCGGCGAGACGACACCGAGGCCGAGGCUGACGGCGAUGACGGUGAUGAUGACGAUGGGAUGGAUCCAAUUCUCACGGAACGGUGCAAGGAAGAGAGGUUCCUAAGGGUCGACAUUUAUUGA